AUGGAAACUGACACCGACGGACGGACCGACUGGCUCCGUAGCGUUUGCGGAUUCUGCCUCCUGUCGGCCUCAUUUGCCUCGUACCCUUGCUCCCUCACCUUCAGUCACAGACCGCCAACCCGGACGGCAACACGACCACUCCUUAUCGCUUUCCGAGGCGACGUUGCAGCCGAGUUGGUCGGAGACUCAGCCACUUCUGUACCGAAGCGGAGAGAGGCUGUGCUGGCGAGAAAAGAAGUGACGCGUUCAGUCAAGGCGGCUAAUCCAAAUGUCUUCUUCCUUUUGCCGAAAAAAGUGAAACUAGGCGUCGCAGCAACCAGUUGUUGGGACACUUUGUCUCCCACUGGCAUGACAACAGCAUCGAGGUCGAACCGAACAGGGUCAAUGGGGGUACUGUCGACGUAAGAUCUCGACGAGUGGCUGCUGCGGAUCCGAGCUGAAGGCGAUCCGCUUCGCCUUCAACAGCUUGCCGCUAUCGUGGCUCCAUGUUCGAAUCCCGACAAGGCGAGACAAGGACCGAGCUGUGCUCGAGUGUGUGCUGUGGCGUGGCCAGAAGGAAGACGCUUCUUUCGGAUGAAUGUGACGCUGGAAUGA